UCGCCAUCGCCAGUUUUCGACUCGUGUUCGCCUUGUUCGCUCGCGGUGCGUUCCUCGGUUCACAGCAGACACGAGACCGACCGCGAUAACCGCGAUACGCACACACUUCUCUUAUCCAUACAAAACAAUCAUUCUAAACGCACACAGAAUAAAAAAUAUAUUAUAUCCACGCGUUGUAGAUACAGCAGAAACAUUGCUUUGUAUAAUGUAAAGAAUUAAACCAAAUCAAAGCGUGACGAUUGCCGGCGAUAAACAAGAACUAUUUUAAAUCGUGUGAGUGGAAAAUUGUGCGCGAUGAGUGCGAGUUGUGUGUGACUUAAGACGAGAGACGGUAAGCAACAAGCGCACGUGCGUUUUAUCUUGAUUUGUAUUGGUGUGUUGUAUGUGUUCGAUGUUUUCUCGUUGUUAAAUUAGACUCAGUAACGCGUCUGAUCUGAUCGCUUCAUUUGUAUUAUAAUAAUCUAUCCAGUGUUCAUUCAAUUCAAUUUGCGCUUGAGCGGCUUAAGUAAUAUUUCUGUGAAUGUCAACGAAUCGCCGAUAAUACGUUCCAAUAGGAUAAUAGGCCAAUUACUCGAAUAACACUGAUGAUAAUCAUCAUCAACAUCAUCAGCAUCCACAUCAGCGAAAAUAAUCUAUAAGAAUUUUGGCGUUUUUGCAUAAAUAUCAAUAAAACUAUGCCAAUUGGAUGGAUUUGUUAAUAUGUCGUAUCCAAAUGAAGCUGCAUAUGUUGUUGAGGAUGAGCGGUCGCGGGCUGAUGAAGGGCCUUGAACGAUGAGUUUCGCCGUCCGCCCAUGGACCUCCCCACGACAGUGCAGAUCUGCUUCAGCGUGGGGUCGCGCCACGAAACCGCGCUCUUCAGAUCAGACACCCCAACUGAACAAAUUAAAGAUUUGUUCAGGUCAGCGGCGGAGGCGGGCCCUCGAGACAUUUUGAAGCUGUACAAUCGCAAAGGUCAGCUGCUGAACAUCAACCAGGACCUGCCGUCGAAUACUGUGGAGGAAAGAUACGCAUUGCAAGUGGUUGCGGCGCAUGGUUGCGCCAUGCUGCGCGAGGACACCGGUGAACACCUGCAGGCGCUGGAGGCACGCAUCUCCGAGAUAGAGCGGCUCCUGAAGGCAGAUAUCCCGCUACCGCCCAGCGUCUGCCAGCUGGAGCGGCAGGUAGACGAGUUUCGGCAUAAAUUGGAGACGACUGAAAGCUUGAGUUGGCUAGGCUUUUACAAAGAAUUGCCGGAACCGCUGUCAACAGACGAAUGCCGGCGGCUGCAGUACCGGAGAAAAAGCGAUUCGCUGAAAAAACGCGUGAAGCAAAACUUUUUAAAUAUAUGUGAUGCACAAGUAUCGGAUUCGGUUCGCAAUUGGCUGCGAAUGCCCACAUUUGACAGCCGCCAGUGGGAGGAUGAGGAAUUGCUGUUGAUGCUGCAGCAAAUGUAUUUGGACUAUGAUCUCUGCGCCAAGUUUGCGAUUAACAUUAAUACGCUUAGAAACUUUUUAUAUGAGACCUACAAGAAUUACAAUGACGUGCCGUUUCAUAACUUUCGCCAUUGUUUCUGCGUCACGCAAAUGAUGUACGCCAUUUUGUGGACCGUUGAUCUGCCGUCGAAAAUUGGCGACCUUGAAGUAUUAAUACUACUCACAUCAUGCAUCUGCCACGAUCUUGACCAUCCCGGGUAUAAUAAUAUCUAUCAGAUUAACGCGAAAACUGAAUUGGCGAUUCGCUACAAUGAUAUUUCGCCGCUGGAGAACCAUCAUUGUAGUGUUGCUUUUCGCGUGCUUGAGAACGAAGACUGCAACAUAUUCAAGUCAUUUUCCAUGGAACAGUUUAAGCAGAUCCGCGAAGGGAUGAUCCGCUGUAUUCUUGCUACGGAUAUGGCACGUCACAAUGAGAUACUCUCGCAGUUUAAGGAAGUCACACCUGAGUUUGACUAUCAGAAUAAGACUCAUGUCAAUCUGCUUUGUAUGGUAUUAAUAAAAGUGUCGGACAUUUCGAAUGAAGCCCGACCUAUGGACGUGGCCGAACCAUGGUUGGAUCGUCUUCUGCAGGAGUUUUUCAAACAGUCUGAUGCUGAAAAGUUGGAAGGACUGCCAGUCACGCCCUUUAUGGAUCGCGAGAAGAUUACGAAACCGUCGUCUCAGUGUUCGUUCAUCGGCUUUGUACUUUUGCCUCUCUUCGAGGCCCUCGGAGAAUUAUUUACUGACUUACAGGAUCUCAUUGUGCAGCCGGUGCGAGACGCGCUUGACUAUUAUAAACGUCUCAACGACGCCACCAAAGAGGAGCGCCUGCAUAGGAAGAGUAUUGUUGCAGAAUUAGCCGCGGAACUGCCCUCGCCAUCUCAGAACUCCAUUGACAGUAGCACGACCAGUUUAAGUAAGUCUGCAUCUGGAUCAAACGUUCGUCUUCGUAAGAGUUUGAGUUUUCAACAGAACCGUUCAAGGUCCAAGUCGACUGACGAGGAUACCGAAAUGGACGAGGCUGCCGUGGUGAACAAUGAGGAAACUAGUUUGGCGGACGUUGCGGAGGAUCCAGAGAGUGGCGAUUCGGAGACAGCCAACGAGGUGGAGGUCUCGGAGAAGGCGCUAAAGUUUAAAAUCUCCACCGAAGGUAAUGUGAGCACGGGGCGUAAGAGUUAUCCCGGAUCUCGUAAGGGUAGUAGGGAGCGCGGUCAACAUUUCGAGCUGGCGAAGGCGAUUCAGCGCGGGAAACUCAAAUCGGGCGCGCUGAGCUUCGAUCAAAAUUCUCUGAGCAAUCACAAAAAAUUGUCGUUUGAUCCGCCUCAAUUCCUAGACGAGUACGGUAUUAGUUUUAAGCAGCGCUUUGAUCGUUCUCCAUCCCCAGACGGCGCCGACUCGACGCACUCGUCCGACUGUGUUGUCUCCAAAGAGACGCUCAAUUUGAACAAGCGCAAUUCGGAGCAUUUCGUCAAGCAGCUGCCCGCUGAUGAGAAGAAGAGCAUACUCAAGCACACCGAGCACAACAAAUACGAACCGGGGGGUGGUGGUGGUUCUACUACUGCUUCUUGUUCCGAAGGCAACGGAAAGUGCGACACUGGCAAACGCCAAGGCUUCACCCUGAAGGGCUUCACGCGGCAUAGCUGCGACAAGACGGCUGCCGACGGCGGUUCGUCCUCUGAAUCCAAGCGGUCACUGAUGACGCGUUUUAAGCACUUUACUGACAAGCUGGGCAUGUUGGAUAGGGAUGCAAAGUUUCGCAAUCCGAAGUUGUUCCUCAUUCGUAACAAUAACAGCGCACCGCGGAUGCAUCCCAAGAAAAAGUCGGAGGAUAGUUCAUGCUGCAUGUCGAACGACACCUCCAUUGAUGAUGUACGUAAGGCAAGCACCUUGCCAAAGACAAAAAAGAUGGGUCUCGCGAAAAAAAGUUGGAAGUUUUUGAUUAUGGGCAAAGAAAAAGCAGCGUCUAGCAGCUUGGAGGGCGGUUGGGGUUCAGAUGCGGAGAUGAAUAAAGCCGCCGAUGAUUCCCUGCUGCCCUCUACUUCUCAAUCGCAAAGCAAUUUGAUUGUGGCUGCGGGUGAGGGUGUGGGCGAAAGCUCAGGGGAAGCAGGCAGUGUCGACAUCUGUCGCAAACCGACUGCGGCCAAAAAGGACGAACAGGAUCUGUCUAAGGGCGGUGUUAGCGACGAGGACGAACUGGACGACGGAACAGGUGCAGGAGAUGAGCGACGAUCCAAUUUGACAGGAGAUUAGUCCCGCUGAGAGCGAAAGCUUCGCCACUUAUAUUUUCUGCCGGUGUUGUAAAUAUAAAAAGGCCAACAUUAGAGAAAACGUUUAGACUGUUGUAAAUAAAAAAUUAUAAGUUAUAUUUAUUUUAAUUUGGUUUUAUUUAUUUAUUAGCGGAACUUUCCAUUUGUUUGUGUGCCAUAUAUACAUAGAUAAAUUCACUUUUGUUUACCUGUGAUAUAUUUUACAUUCUCUGUCUGUCUGGUGGGCACAAUUGGUUGAAAACGUUUUCAAGUCAAUUAAAAAAACAACAAACAGUUUUCUUGAUAUUUGUUGAUCAUCUUGAUGAAUAUUACCUAAAUAAAUCGAUAAUGGCACUAUAUAGAAACCAAUUGACCUAUUGAAAUUGUAAAAACAUUCCUGGUGCACAAGUAUAUGUUCCUAAAGUAUAAUCUAUCUGUCAAACGACCAUGAAACGUACCAAUAAUCUUAAAUUUAUACUCGUACAUAUCUCUCGUGCAUCAGGCGCCUAUAGUACGUAUUAGAAGGUGUGUAAAAGUGGAAAGUGGAUAGAGAUCUAUUUAAAAAGAGUUGUUAAACGCUGGCAAUGUUUAAAAAAAAUGUAUAAAUGUAAUUGUGAUUCUAGUCUAUUUUAAGUGAUGUAGAUAUUUCUUUCACACUCUGACACACUGCUAUUUACUGUUCAAUAUCUUGCAGUUUGCUCUACAAACUUGCCAGAUUAGUCAAUCGAUUGUGAAUGUUUAAUCAAAUACAUACUUUACACUUGUUUGCAUUGUUUGCCGUUUUAUCCGAUUCAAUUAGAGGUGCCAAACAAAUUCACACCGAAUUAAUAAAUUGAUUUUUGGUUGAUAUGAAUGUGAAAUACAGGGCUCUAAAUUUUACUAACUACAUUUAAGUCACCAGAUUGAAAGAGACAAAGACGAACACUCAUAAUAGUCUACACAUAUCAAUAUUGAGAAGAUUGCGAGUGUUGUGACUUUGAUAUUAACGGAUAGCCGAACUUGUGUUUGAUAAUAUUGAAAUGUUGAAAAGGAACCAAUACGAUAACAAAUAGAGGAGAUGUGAAUUUACACCAUUUAUAAAUAAUACACUGAUAAAUAUUUGGAGAAGAGUUUUUCUAGUUGAUGAUUGCUGACAAAUCUAUAUUCUUCCUACUUGAUUAGAUGUAAGUAAUAUAUACUUGUAGAUAACUUAUAGAAAAAUAUAUAGGUAAAUGAAUAUCGAAUUGAUUGAUUACUGCUUUGUUAUUUUAUCUUUUUCUUGAAGUGUAAUUGUAAUUAUCGAAUCGAAUUAUUUACCAGUUUCACUAAACUUUGAUUCAUCAGUGAUGUAUGCAUGAAUUUACAUGAACUUAUAUUAGAAUGUGUACAACUAUUUUCUUUCAACAUGAACACAUUGGUUUUAAUUUAUAGCAAUGUGAAAUAAAUGUGACUAAAUAAAA